AUUCGUGAUAGCACUCAGUGUUGUUCAUUUAUAAAUUAAUCACUCGAGAGGUUAGUGAAGUUUUCUCCAGAUACCCAAUAGACAAAAAUGAGUCGACUUGCUGCUAUGUUGGAAACAGAUGACCUCGACUAUGACAAGUUCAAGAAAUUGGAUAUUUCCAAGGAACAACUGAAAAUGUUGAAGCAAAUUUUUGAUUCGUUCGAUAUUGAAAAGAAACGUGAAAUCAGUGUAGACAUGAUCGGGCAAAUUCUGGAUAUGUUAGGUCAUAGGUUGACCAAUGAUGAAUUACAGGCAAUCAUCAAGGAAAUAGAUACAGAUGGUAAUGGUGUUAUGAGUUUCGAAGAAUUUGCUCAUUUGGCAGCUAGGUUCUUGGUUGAAGAGGAAGAAGAUACGGAAGCUAUUCUAAGAGAGCUCAAAGAUGCUUUCAGAUUAUAUGACAAGGAAGGUCUUGGUUAUAUUGGGGUGGACCUUCUGAGAGAUAUUUUGAAAGAGCUGGAACCCAACCUGACCCCUAAGGAUCUGAAUGAAAUGAUCAAAGAAAUUGAUACUGACAAUUCUGGCACGGUAGAUUGGGAAGAAUUCAAGGCCAUGAUGAUCGGCUAAAACGGUGAACCAGGUUUGUCAGCGUGUCAAAACCGCCUGCACAUUGAAAUAUAUUUUAAGGUUACACAUAAAUAAUUAUCUUAAUAGAAUGUAGCUUUAGAUAUACAGCUAUUUUCUUAGAAGUGUAAAUAAAACUGGAAUAAAGAAUAUUUUGAGAAA